GUGUGUUUCUCUUUCCUCUUGUUUUCAGGUUUGUGAAGUUUUCUAUGCCCAGCGUCCCUGACUUCGAAACAUUGUUCUCGCAGGUCCAGCUUUUUAUCAGCACUUGUAACGGGGAACACAUCCGAUAUGCAACAGACACUUUUGCUGGCCUGUGUCACCAGUUAACAAAUGCCCUCGUGGAACGGAAGCAGCCCCUGCGAGGCAUUGGCAUCCUCAGGCAAGCCAUAGACAAGAUGCAAAUGAACACCAACCAGCUGACCUCAAUACAUGCAGAUCUAUGCCAGGUAACACACCUUUGCACUCUCCCUCCUCCUCGUCUUUCUAUCAGCAGGGAAAGACAGGUUUUUAAUUGAUUAGCCUAUCAAUUG